AUGGUGUCGGCGGCCGCCGAGGGAAGGCAGAGGAAGGGUCCGGCGGCGGCGGCGAGCACCGAGAGGACGCGGAGGCCCCUGCCGCAGUGCCGGGGUCCGGGCCGGGGCCGGGCGGCGGCGGCGGUGGUGACAGGGCGGGCGAGGGCGAGGAGCGGGCGGCCAGCGCCGGGGCCGGGGUCUCGGCCGCUCGUGCGGCCCCCGGCGGCGCCGCUGCUGCCGCUGCUGCUGCUGCUGCUACUGCCGCUGCCCCUGCCCCGGGCGGCCGAGGCGGCGGCGCCGGGGGCCGUAGCGUCGGGCUCGGCCGCGGCCGAGGCCAAGGAGUGCGACCGGCCCUGCGUGAACGGCGGCCGCUGCAACCCGGGCACGGGCCAGUGCGUCUGCCCGGCCGGCUGGGUGGGCGACCAGUGCCAGCACUGCGGGGGCCGCUUCAGGCUGACUGGAUCAUCAGGUUUUGUAACUGAUGGACCUGGAAAUUACAAAUACAAAACAAAAUGUACAUGGCUCAUUGAAGGACAGCCAAAUAGAAUACUGCGCCUUCGCUUCAAUCAUUUCGCUACAGAGUGUAGUUGGGACCAUUUAUAUGUUUAUGAUGGGGACUCCAUUUAUGCCCCACUAGUGGCUGCCUUUAGUGGAUUGAUUGUUCCUGAGAGAGAUGCCAAUGAGACUGUCCCUGAAGUGGUGGCCACCUCUGGGUAUGCUCUGCUGCACUUCUUUAGUGAUGCUGCCUAUAACUUGACUGGAUUUAACAUCACAUAUAGUUUCGACAUGUGCCCCAAUAACUGCUCUGGUCGAGGAGAAUGUAAGCUCAGUAAUGGCAGCAGCACUGUCGAGUGUGAGUGUUCAAAAUACUGGAAAGGAGACUCAUGUGACAUUCCUUACUGUACCAAUGACUGUGGCUAUCCGGAUCGAGGCUUCUGCAGUUCAAGUGAUGCUAGAGAGUGCUCGUGCUUCCCAGAUUGGCAGGGACCUGGCUGUGCAAUUCCUGUGCCAGCUAAUCAGUCAUUUUGGACUCGGGAGGAAUACUCUCAGCCAAAGCUCCCCAGAGCAUCCCACAAAGCUGUUGUCAGUGGUAACAUAAUGUGGGUUGUUGGAGGUUAUAUGUUCAACCAUUCAGAUUACAACAUGGUUCUGGCGUAUGACCUUGAUGCUGGGGAGUGGCUUCCACUGAACCAAACUGUAAAUGAUGUGGUUGUCAGAUAUGGUCAUUCUUUGGCAUUGUACCAGGACAAAAUCUACAUGUAUGGAGGAAAAAUUGAUUCAACAGGCAAUGUGACAAAUGAGUUGAGGGUGUUUCACAUUAAAAAUGAAUCAUGGGUUUUAUUGGCCCCCAAAGCAAAGGAGCAGUAUGCAGUUGUUGGGCACUCAGCACACAUUGUCACAAUGAGAAAUGGCCGAGUUGUCAUGCUGGUCAUCUUUGGUCACUGUCCUCUCUAUGGCUACAUAAGCAAUGUGCAGGAAUAUGACAUUGAUGAGAAUACAUGGAGUAUUUUACAAACUCAGGGUGCUCUUGUACAAGGAGGUUAUGGCCACAGUAGUGUUUAUGAUGCCAAGACAAAUUCCCUCUACAUACAUGGCGGUUAUAAGGCUUUCAGUGCCAACAAAUAUAGACUUGCUGAUGAUCUAUAUAAGUAUGAUGUGGAUACUCAGAUGUGGACCAUUCUUAAGGAUAGCCGUUUUUUCCGUUAUUUGCACACGGCUGUGAUAAUCAGUGGAACCAUGCUGGUAUUUGGAGGAAACACACACAAUGAUACCUCAAUGAGCCACGGUGCCAAGUGCUUUUCAUCAGAUUUCAUGGCCUAUGAUAUUGCUUGUGAUCGCUGGUCAGUACUUCGAAGACCUGAUCUUCAUCACGAUGUUAACAGAUUUGGCCACUCAGCAGUCUUGUAUAACAGCACUAUGUAUGUAUUUGGAGGUUUCAACAGCCUUCUGCUCAGCGAUAUCCUGAUGUUUACAGCAGAAAGGUGUGAAGCACAUCAAAGUGAGGACACUUGUGUAGCAGCAGGACCUGGCGUCCGGUGUGUGUGGAAUAUGAAUUCAUCUCAGUGUAUCCCUUGGGAAUUGGCAACUGAAGCGCAAGAAGAGAAGACAAGAGCAGAAUGCUUUUCAAAAAGAACUGCUGAUCAUGACAAGUGCGAUCAGCACACAGACUGUUACAGCUGUACAGCCAACACAAAUGACUGCCAGUGGUGUAAUGAUCAUUGCAUCUCCAUGAACAGCAACUGUACCGAAGGCCAGGUUUCUAUUUCCAAAUAUGAGAAUUGUCCAAAUAAUCCAAUGUAUUACUGUAAUAAGAAGACAAGUUGUAAGAGCUGUGCCAUGGACCAGAACUGCCAGUGGGAACCCAGGAAUCAAGAGUGUGUUGCUUUGCCUGAAAAUAUCUGUGGUGCUGGCUGGCAUUUGGUUGGAAAUUCAUGUUUAAAAAUUACGACCUCCAAAGACAAUUAUGACAACGCUAAAUUGGCCUGCAGAAGCAUGAAUGCCUACCUGGCUUCUCUCACCACCCAGAAGAAGGUGGAGUUCGUUCUUAAGCAGUUGCGUUUGAUGCAGUCAGCACAAUCGCUGUCCAAAACAACCUUGACCCCAUGGGUAGGGCUCCGGAAGAUCAAUGUGUCAUAUUGGUGCUGGGAAGACAUGUCCCCUUUUACAAAUAGCUUACUUCAGUGGCUGCCAUCAGAACCAAGUGAUGCUGGAUUCUGCGGAAUCUUGUCAGAGCCUAAUGCCAGGGGCUUGAAGGCUGCAACGUGUAUCAAUCCACUUAAUGGAAGUAUUUGUGAAAGGCCUGCCAACCACAGUGCCAAACAGUGUCGUACUCCCUGUGCCUUGAGGACAAUGUGUGGAGAGUGUACCAGUGGCAGCUCAGAGUGCAUGUGGUGUAGUAACAUGAAGCAAUGCGUGGAUUCAAAUGCUUAUGUGGCCUCUUUUCCAUUUGGCCAAUGUAUGGAGUGGUACACCAUGAGCAGCUGUCCCCCGGAAAAUUGUUCCGGUUAUUGUACUUGUGGUCACUGUUUGGACCAGCCUGGCUGUGGCUGGUGUACUGAUCCGAGCAACACCGGCAAGGGGACGUGUAUUGAAGGCUCCUUCAAAGGGCCAAUGAAGAUGCCAUCCCAGGCACCCGCAGGGAAUCACUAUCCACAGCCACGUCUUAAUUCUAGCAUGUGUCUGGAAGAGAACAGAUACAACUGGUCUUUCAUCCAAUGUCCAGCGUGCCAAUGUAAUGGACACAGUAAAUGUAUCAAUGAAAGCAUCUGUGAAAAGUGUGAGAAUCUGACAACUGGCAAACAUUGUGAGACAUGUAUAUCGGGCUUCUAUGGUGAUCCUACUAAUGGAGGAACAUGUCAACCUUGCAAGUGUAAUGGUCAUGCUUCCCUCUGUAAUACAAAUUCAGGCAAGUGUUUCUGUACCACCAAAGGAAUCAAAGGAGAUGAAUGCCAAUUAUGUGAAGUAGAAAAUCGUUACCAAGGAAAUCCUCUCAAAGGAACAUGUUACUAUACACUUCUUAUUGACUAUCAGUUCACCUUUAGUCUAUCCCAAGAGGAUGACCGUUAUUACACAGCUAUCAAUUUUGUGGCUACACCUGAAGAACAAAACAGGGACUUGGAUAUGUUUAUCAAUGCCUCAAAAAAUUUCAACCUCAACAUUACUUGGGCAACAAGUUUUACAGCUGGGACACAAGCUGGAGAAGAGAUGGCUGUCGUUUCAAAAACCAACAUUAAAGAGUACAAAGAUAGCUUCUCCAAUGAGAAAUUUGAUUUCCGCAGCCACCCAAAUAUCACUUUCUUUGUUUAUGUCAGCAAUUUUACCUGGCCCAUCAAAAUUCAGAUUGCAUUCUCUCAGCACAGCAACUUUAUGGACCUGGUACAGUUCUUUGUGACCUUUUUCAGUUGUUUCCUCUCUUUGCUGCUUGUGGCUGCUGUGGUUUGGAAGAUCAAGCAAAGCUGUUGGGCUUCAAGGCGGAGAGAGCAACUUCUUCGUGAGAUGCAGCAGAUGGCCAGUCGUCCCUUUGCCUCCAUCAAUGUUGCUUUGGAAACAGAUGAAGAGCCACCUGAUCUUAUUGGAGGAAGCAUAAAGGCUGUUCCCAAGCCCAUUGCAUUGGAGCCCUGUUUUGGUAACAGAGCAGCGGUCCUUUCAGUGUUUGUGAGACUGCCUCGAGGCCUGGGAGGAAUUCCCCCGCCAGGACAGUCAGGACUUGCUGUGGCCAGUGCACUGGUGGACAUUUCUCAGCAGAUGCCAAUUGCUUACAAAGAGAAAUCAGGAGCCAUGCGAAAUCGGAAACAGCAGCCACCUGCACAGCCUGGAACCUGCAUCUGAUGCUGGAGCAUGAGGACUGUCCCUGUAAGGGUUUUAACACACAAGAACA